CAUCUCUGACGGAUAGGAUGAACAGCCAGUAGAAAGACGAGAGUUAGGCUGUCCAGAUGCGGAUUGGAUGAGAUGCUCCCGUGUGGCGUUUGGACGCGGUGGCGGCCGAUGUGCGAUGAAUGAUGAAUGGGGAGCACCGAGCGCGGCGCCUACAUCGAGCGCUGCGCCAGCAGGAUUCUCGGUCCUUGGAGAAAUGGCUGAAGGACAGUGCAGAUCCCAGCCUGGUUCUGCCAGAGGGAAUUGCAGCCAUUCACCUGGCUGUAGGACAGGACACAGAAGGCGCAAUACGCUGUUUAAAACUUCUCCUGCAGUACGGAGCUGAUCCCAAUGUCAGAUCAUCUGAGGAUCUCACUCCAUUACACGUCGCUGCUUCCUGGGGAUGUAUCAAAUGUGUGAAGCUGUUGCUGAGAAACGGGGCAGAUCCGAGUCUGCUGGACCAGGAUGGACAAAGUGCAGUUGACCUGGCCAGGGAGCAGGGGAAUGUGAAAUGCUGCCAGAUCCUACAGCAGUACCAGGACUACAGUCUGCUAGAGGACACUGAGGAAGACGUACCAGCCUUUCGCUACGUGGGUUUUCGAAGAGUGAGCAGUGCUCUUUAUUCCUCCACCAAUCUGGCCGAGCCUGGUUAUGCUGACUCCUGCAAGCCCUCUGUACUACCUGGAGAACCUGAGGAAUUUGGUGCAGUCAGCAGAACGUGGAAAACUUUGUCUGAGGGUCAGUGGGAGUUUGUGUCCUCUGCCGGUGCACUAAGCUACUCUCUGAUGAACGGCUCCGAUGAUCCUUUGGGAGAAGUCACAUCGGUUUGGUCUCAAGCCUGCGGACAAUCAACAUCUACAAAGCCACCCAGUUUGCGUGGCACCAGUGGUAUUCCAGAAGACCGAGGUGAAGGGAAAGUUGUUGAAGACGCAGAGCAUGCCAGCUGUGCGUUGUUGAGUACCUGCCUGUCUAGUUUUGGGAAGUUUGAAGAGCAGGCUUUGAAAGGAUUGGUUUCUGGGGCUGACCCUCUGACAGACCGUUCACCAUCAGAACAUUUCUCCACCUGUCCUCACCCUGUCACAGCAGAACAUUCAUGUGCUCUACAAACCUUGGCCGUUUCACUUGAAGGAAAAGAAGUUUCCCAGGGUGGUGGCCCCAUUGGUGACACUGAGUGGCUCUCUGAGCUGGACUGUACCUGUCCUCUGACAACAAAAUCCCAAACCUACGUAUCUCCAUCCGAUGGAUUGAAUGUGGAUUCUGAGCUUCUGGUGAGACUGCCCAAGGGUAAAGGCACUGAUGUGACCUCCCCAGACCAUAUCUAUGAAUUUACCCAUUCAAAUGUGACCUUCUUAACGGAUUUGGACAAAACCACUGCAGUUAUUGAAGGUCAGGUCUCAGAUUGUGAUGGCUCUCUGCACAUUGAGUGUGUCCAUUCUGAAGGUAACGUUUCUACAUCUGGAGGCAGCUCCUGUUGUAGCUGUGUCAGUGAUUCUGAAGUCUUUGCCAGUUCCGUGGGAAACUUCAACAAUGUGUAUCAACCACAACCAGACAGGGAGGAUCCGAUAAUUCUAGCAGACCAAGGCUGUCUAUCCACACCACCAGUUCCUUCAGCCAGUUACGGGGGUUCUUCUCCUUCAAGGUGUCGAAGCGGAAUUGUCCUACAGCAGUCCGAAUCCAGGCCAAGAUGCAAUGUCUCCCAGUGUUGUCCAGACUCCAGGCAGACACCCCAGUUCAAUGGUGUCCGGCUAUUUGACGAAAAUCCGGCUGCCACCCCUUUUUCAGGGGGUACUGUAUGGUCCACGUAUUGUCCAGGUUCCCAAACUCCGUAUACAACUGGCCAGCAGAACAGCUCACUGACCAACCCAGGAGCCGGAGGGUGUGUGCAGGGGGGAGUCGCCCGCACCAGUGGCUGUUGGGGCCAGAAGGAGAAGGUGAGGAUGGAGAAAGAACAAGUGGUGCCUGGUGACAGAAGUGGAUCUCACCCCCUGAUAAUCCCGGCUGAGAGCACCGAGGAGCAGAGCGAGCCAGAAAAUCAGCCAGCCAGAGAACCCAGUCCCGCUGGAAGUCAGGUGGAAGUCGAGGGUGUCCUGGGUUCCAGCAUGAAUUGUUCACUUCCUGACCAAGCAGAGCAGCAAGGCCCUGGGGGAGUAUUCAGCCAGGGGGAAGAGAACAACACACGAGCAAACUUGGACCAGAAACAUCUGCUGGUUGAAGACAGAGCUGUCUUGCAAAUGAAAUCCAUGAACAACAGGCCUUCUGAGGGAGGACCGCCAUCAUUUGAGCAAAGCCUGUCACCUUUCGUUACCAUACGCACCAGGAAACGAUUGGCCAACCCGGCACCUCAGAUCUGUGACUCUUCACUCUUCGACCAGAGCAUUCCCAUAGUGACCAGAACCAGGAGAGUACGAAGGCAGCAGGAGAAUCUGGGGCCUCGUUCCAGCUGGUUCUGUCCCUAUGGUAAUGUGUCUCAUGAUGGUGAGGGUGAGGAUCACUCACUCUUCCCCACUCACUUUCCAGCUGACUUUGACACUGUCCCCUUUGUCCUGUGUGACAGUGACAAGGCGGCCAGUGGCCAGGUAUGGGGGUCAGCUGCUGCCCACACAGUCCCUUUUUCCAUAGAAAGAGAGGCUCGAGUCUUCCCUCUGUCCUGUGAUGAACAUGACAACAGUGUGAGUCUGCGGAGGAGAGGUCUGGCCAGCAGUGGCGAGGAGCAACAGACCCCAGCCUUUCCCCCUCGGGAGAGCCCUGCCGAACCAGAGAAGAACCAAGUGGACCCGCUGGCCAGCGGGCAGGUGGGGACAACAUUGCGACUGAAUGGUGCCAUGGAGGACGAGCGCUGUGACCCGGCACUGAAAGCCAUCAUCCUGUGCUCCCCCGCGGAUGCUGUGACGGUGGUGGACAGCUCCAGCACGAGUGGGCUGACAGAGUUCCCUGGCAUUCCCAAACACCAAUCUAUGGUGUGUCCACGUCUGGUGCUACUCAGCGGAGGACCCGAUGCUCAGGGCUGGGACUGCGGUGAGCUUGCGUGUGCCAGGCUGAAGAACAGUAAUUCACAGUCAGAGGAUCAGAGAGAAAUCUCCAACCAUUCCCCGGCACCGGUGGCAAGCCAGCUGUCUCACACAGAGUGUGAGGGACCCUUGCAUGACCACCCAGUACCACUGUCGCCCGGUGGACGUCCAGUCAGCUGUGGAGUGGGCGAGGCGGUGGAGUAUCUAUACACUGACGCCAAGGGCAGCCCCGCCCUGAUCGAGUGUUGCUUCCCCUCCAGGGAUAACACCUGCCAAAACACAACCAGCUCCAGCACUGAGGACACCAUCCUCUAUGAUUGGAAGGCCUAUCGAAGGGCUGAGGGAGGUACUGAGGAGAAGGAGAAUAUCCCGCAGAGUGAUGAGAGGCUGCCUCCUCACCUCCAGCUCCUGUCCAACAGGCAGAUCCUGCGACAGCUGCGGGAGUGUGGAGAGGACCCUGGACCGGUGACCGACCUGACCCGGGGUGUUUACCUGCUCCGUCUGCAUCAGGUACAGAAGGAGCCCCGUCCCCGGGCAGCAGGCUACAGCCCUGAGCUGGCUCAGAGUUUGGACAAGUUUGUCUUCCCGGAUUGCAGUCGGGAUGAAAUGGCAUUAGUGCAACAGUUUGAUCAGCCAGACCCAAAGCGCUGGUGGAGGGAAGGUGUCGUCAAGUCCAGCUUCAACUACCUACUGCUCGACCCCAGGGUGACGAAGAACCUGCCAACUCGCUGCCAUGUCCUGAGCCCUGCAGAGUGUUUCCAAACAUUCAUCAGCUCCAUCUUCUAUGUGGGCAAAGGCAAACGUUCUCGAGCGUACUCUCACCUCUACGAGGCACUCAAGCACUUCAAAGGUGGAAACCAGCAGGUGAAUGCCAAACUGAAGCACAUCAUGGACAUCUGGAAGAGUGGAUCUGGGGUGAUCUCCUUGCAUUGUUUCCAGAACGUUAUCCCAGUGGAGGCUUACACACGGGAAGCCUGUAUGGUGGAUGCUCUGGGCCUGCGGACACUGACCAACAGGAAGCGUGGGGUCUACUAUGGACUGGUGGCCACCUGGCCCCUGCGGCGGAGGCGACAACUUGGCGUCCACUUGCUGAAGCGAGCGAUGGAGAUUUUCCUGGCUGAAGGCGAGAGGCAACUCCGCCCCGCUGAUGUAUAGACGGCUGCUGCCACUGGAGGAGUGAGGGGCUAGCGGACCGGAGCUGCUGUCCGUGAGUGUGAGCCAGACGGGGAGACUGGCACUCUCUGACCGCCAGCCCUUGCCACCCUCAGGGUUAUGCAAUGUCUGGAUCCCUCAGCGAAUAGAGGGAUCAGCCUCCUCUUUCAGUAGGUGAAGUGGGAGAUGGGAAGACCCUCCCUUGCUAGAAGGGAGGGAGCACCUCAUCUCUGACUGUGGGCAGGAAGUAGUUCAGCCCCUCUUUCAAUGAGUGGAGUAGGAGGGAGAAACGCCAACCAGUGUGGGAGGAGAGCAGUUCAGCUUUCUCCAGCCCCUGGAAUGGCAGGUGGGAGCUUCACACUGACAUUGACUUUAUUCUGCUUUUGUAACAUGGUCUUGUUGAUGGGGACACUUCUGCCUCUCAUUGCCCGGACGGUAGGGGCUGCUUGCGAGCCAGUCUUCAGAUGGAUGUUAUGGUUCCUGUGCCGCAGGGCGUCUGUGAGCGAGGCUGGUGUCUGGCAGUCUCUGCCCCUCGGUGAGGAGAUGUUUACAGAGUGCUCUGGGUUUGAGUCCUACGGCUGCUGAUCUGGGAUUGGAGGAGGACUGAUAGAUUUUUUUGUGCAGGAGGAACCAUGGCCCUGGUGGUCUCUGCCUGGGAUUCGUGAUCUGAGCCCACUGUGUUUCCGCAUUCUGCUGCUCUACACAUACCUUCUACCAAUGAGUUCACCAGGUCUGACCUAACACAACACACGUGUUUACCAACAGAAUGCAGACAUUGUGUACACCACAGCCCUCUGAUCACGAUGCCAACCUUGUGUCCCCAAGGUAACACGACAGGUUACAGUACUGACUCUGUGUCCGAGGACAGGUGAAAAUCGUUCAGAUCAGUGUUUAUGUGACUCCAGACCAACUCCCAGCAACAGACCUGGGAUCAAGUAAACGGACACAUUCUAAAUCUGGGGAAAAGUGCAAAGUAGACCUUUCCCAAGUCACCUGCAGCUUGUGUGACUGUGCCUGGUUCAGGGUUCUCAUCUGUCAGUCACUGACUCAUGGCAGUCUCGCCAAGAUGAGCCUGAACGUUUCGAAGGACUUGCUGAAUCGCAUUCUAAAGCGGGAACUUUCUGUGCUGUACUCUUCCUUCUCCCCACCCAGAAUUCGAGGAUGAACGACAGUGUGGCAGAGACGGUGCUUCUCUGCCCUCGGACCUUGCUGGUGCAGGAAUGUGGCUCCAUGAAUCGGGAAAUCUGUCGCCAUGUGUCCCUGUCUCUGGCUACUGAAAGUGAACUCUAACUGGUUACCAACAAUGGAAACCAGCUGUUGUCACUAUGCCUGCUGCACUGGGUUUCCGAAAAGCACUUUUAAUCUGUAAAAUUAUUUUUUUGUAUAAAAAAACAUGGAUUGUAUUUUUGAGAAAGUAACUGAAUUAUCUGAUACACAUGAGAGAUUCUGCAGAUGCUGGAAAUCUGGAGCAAUACACAUAAAAUGCUGGAGGAACUCAGUAAGUCAGGCAGCAUCAGUGGUCCUGAGGAAGGGCCUCAUCCUGAAGCAUUCACUGUUUAUUCCUCUCCAUUGAUGAUGCCUGACCUGUUGAGUUCCUCUAGUCUUCUAGACCAUAAGACAUUGGAGCAGAAUUAGGCCAUUCAGCCGAAUAAGUCAGCUCCACCAUUCCAUCAUUGAUUAUUUCUCUCAACUCCCUUGUUCUGCUUUCUCCCUGUAACCUCUGAUGCCCUGAAUAAGUAAGAACCUAUCCAGCUCCAACAUAAAUAUACCCAAUGACUUGGCCUCCGUUCACCAUCCUCUGAUCGCUUCUGUUCAGAAUGGAUGUCCCUCUAUUCUGAGGCUGUGCACUCCAGUCUUAGACUCCCCCGCUAUAGGAAACCUCCUCUCCACAUCUACUCAAUACUUGAUGGGUUUCCAGCAUGUGUAACAAGCGACCAUGUUGGUGCACUCUUCCCCCUGGCCGUGACUCUUCUCCAAAGAUGAGCAUCUCUGGUCACCCCCACGCCAAAGGUGAAAUGCCUUGGUGUUGGACGUCAGGGUUGUUGAUGGGCAGAGGGAGAGAACAGGCUGUAGGGGGAUGAGACUGGGCUGAUGUGGGAGAUCUCCAGCCUCCUGAAAAACCACAUUUACACCGGGUGCACCGGGCUGCAGCUUCUCAACGUGUUCAGGAACUGGAGCUGCAUCUUGAUGAUCUUUGGCUCAUACAGGGACCUGAGAAGCUACAAGGGGGAAGUCACUACAAAGUUGAAGGAGGCAGCUAAAUGGGUGACUGUUAGGAGAAGGAAGGGAAAUGGACAGCUAGUGCAGAGUAUCCCUGUGACUGUUCUCAAUGAUAAGUAUACCACUUUGGAUAUUAUUGAGGGGGCAACUUGCCAUGGGGAGCCACUGCGACCCAGAUCUCUGGCACCGAGUCUGAUACAAUGGAUCAGAAGGGAAGGGAGGAGAAGAGGACUGCAAUAGUGAUAGGUGGAGGAGUAGACACAAGAUUCUGUGGAUGUGAUGGAGACACCCGAACAGUAUGUUGCCUCCCUGGUGCCAGGAUCAGGGAUGUCUUAGAUUGGGUCCAUGAUAUUCUAAAGGAGGAGGGUGAGCAACCAGCGGUCUUGGGAUACAUUGGCACCAAUUACAUAGGUAGGAAAAGUGAGGAGGUCCUGAAGAGAGAAUUUAAGGAGUUAGGAAGAAAGCAGGACCUCAAGGUUAGUAAUCUCUGGAUUGCUGCAUGUGCCACUCACCAGUGAGGAUAAGAAUAGGAUGAUUUGGCAGAUGAAUAUGUAGCUGAGAAAUUGCUGCAGGGGUCAGUGUUUCAGAUUAAUGGAUGAUUGGGAUCUCUUCUGUGGAAGGUGUGACCUGUACAAAAUGGACAGAUUAUAUCUGAACCCAAAAGGGACCAAUGUCCUUCAGGCAAGUUUGCUAGAACUGUUGAGGAGAUUUAAACUAAUUUGGCAGGAGGAUGGUAACCAGGAGAUGGGGCUGAGGAUAAGUCUUUUGGUUUACAAGCAGAAGCAAUGCGUAGUGAAACUAUUAGGAAGGAUCGGAAAAUGACGGUAAAAUUGCUCUCAGUGCAAAAAGGAGACAAAAUGAAAAAGGGUGAAGGAUACAGGACUGAAGAUGUAUAAUUGAAUGCAUGCAUUAUAUGAAAUAAGAUGAUCUUGUAGCACGUUUAGAGAUCGGCAAGUGUGACAAUGUGGGCAUCACUCAGUCUUUGUAGAAAGAAGAUUAUAAUUCGGAGCUUAACGUCCAAUGCUACACAUUGUAUCAAAAGGACAGGCAGGAGGGCAGAAGGGUUGCAUGGCUCUGUUGGUAAAAAAAAUAAAAUUAAAUCCUUAGAAAGAGGUGAUAUGGGAUUGGAAGAUGGAGAAUCUUGGUGGGUAGAGUUAGCCUACAAGGGUAAAAAGACCCUGUUGGGAGUUCACAAUACGGGCCCAGGAUGUGGGCUACAAAUUACUACAGGAGUUAAAAAAGGAAGACCAAAAGGGUAAUGUUACAAGAGUCGGGAGUUUCAAUAUACAGGUAGAUUGUGAAAAUCAGGUUGGUGCUGUUCAAUUCCAAGAAAAUUUGUAGAAUGCUUACAAGAUGGCUUCUUUGAGCAGCUUGUUGAUUCUGCUGGGGGAUCAGCUGUUCUAGAUUAGGUGUUGGACAAUGAACCAGAUUUGAUUAGGGACCUUAAGGUAAAGGAACUCUUAGGAGACACUAAUCACAACAUGAUAGAAUUCACCAUGGAAUUAAGGAGAAGCUAAAGUUGGAUGUAUCAAUAUUACAGUGGUGUAAGGGGAAUUACAGAGGCAUGAGAGAGGGUCUGGUCAAAGUUGAUUUGAAGGGGACACUAGCAGGGAUGACAACAAACCAGCAAUGGCUGGAGUUUGCGGGAGUAAUUUGGAAGUUGCAGGACAGAUAUAUUUCAAAGAAGUAUUCUAAUGGCAGAAUGAUGCAACACUGGCUAACAAGGGAAAUUGGAAUCAACAUAAAAGCAAAAGAAAGACAUAUAAAAGAGCAAAAAUUUGUGGGAAGUUAGAGGAUUGGGAAAACUUUAAAAACCAAAAGAAGGCUACUAAAAAGAGCCGUGUGCAGAUGAAAUAUGAAGGUAAGCUAGCUGACAAUAUCAAAAGUGAUACCAGUUUUUUUUUUCAAGUAUAUAGAGUGGGAAGAGUAGAUAUCAGACCACUGGAAAAUGACACUGGAGAGGUAGUAAUGGGAGAUAAGGAAAUUGUGGAUGAACUAAAUACGUGGAAAAGGAUAUAGUGUUUCCCUGGCGUAUAUGACAAAUUAACUCUUCUGGGACUUCCAGUCAGGUACAGGUAUCAAAACAAGCCAACAUUUUGAUAUCAUCAAAACGUCAGUUAUAGUUUAAACCUGUACCCACCUGGAAGCCCAAGAAGAAUUUAACUAAAUACUGUAUGAACUUUGCAUCUGUCUUCACUGUGAAAACAUUAGGAGUAUGCCAUAAGUUCAAGUGUAUCAGGGUCAGAAGUGAGUGCAAUUGCUAUUACUACAGAGAAGGUAUUUAGGAAACUGAAAGGUCACCUGGACCAGAUAGUCUACAGCCCCAGUGUUCUGAAAGAGCUGGCUGGGAAGACUGUAGAGGCAUCGGUAAUGAACUUUCAAGAAUCACUAGAUUCUGCCGUGGUCCAGAGAACUAGAACAUCGCAAAUGUUACUCCGCUCUUCAAGAAGUGAGGGUGGCAGAAGAAAGCAAUAGGUCACAAGGCGCAGAAUGGAUAUGUCCCACAGAAGAAAAGUUUUCAAAUGGCAGAGGUAGGCAACCGUGGCUGACAAAGGAAGUUAAGGACUGCAUAAAAGUCAAGGAAAUGGUAUAUAACGUAGCAAAAGUGAGUAGGAAGCUUUUAAAAUCCUGCAAAAGGCAACUAAAAUACUAUAAGAAGGGAAAAUAUUAAAUAUGAAGGCAAACUAGCAAACAAUGUAAAGCAGGAUACUAAAAGUUUGUUCAGUUAUAUAAGUGAGGUGAGAGUCGAUAUUGGAACACUAGAAAAUGAUGCUGGUGAGGUAGUAAUGGAGGACAAAGAAAUGGCAGAUGAACUUGAUGGGUACUUUGCAUCAGUCUUCACUGUGGAAGACACCAGCAGUGUGCCAGAGGUCCAUGAGUGACAAGGAGCAGGACUGAGUGCCAUUGACAUUACAAAGGAAAAAGUGUUAGGCAAACUCAAAAGACUUAGCCUGGACCAGAUGGAUUACAUCCCAGAGUCCUGAAAGAGGUUGGUGGAGAGAUAACAGAUACAUUGGUCAUGAUCUUUCAAGAAUCACUUGAUUGUAGCAUGGUCCUGGCGGACUAGAAAAUUGCAAAUGUCACUCUACCUUUUUAAAUCUUUUUAUUGGAUUUUUCAAAGACAAAUACAUAGCGGUCAUAAUAGUAGAAAGGGAGUGGAAUUACAUUGUUGGCAAUUAACACACAAGUAGAAAUUAUAGGUAACACCGAUAUAAUUUACUUCCUAAAUCCUUAAUAUAAACAAAAUACAAGGAAAUAAAAAGAUGAAAAAACCCAAAUUGAAAACUCAAAAACAAAGUAAACUAAGCUAAGCUGAACUGAAACUAAACUAAACAAAGCUGGGCUAUUUUAUUAUAUCAAAUAAAAUUGUUAAUGUCAUCAACUCCGCUCCUCUACUCAAAUUAGUAAAUAAUAUAAAGGAAUCGGAUAAGGUCAAAUUACAUUCUAUGAAAGUGUUGAAUAAAUGGCAUCCAAGUUUCUUCAAAUUUAACUGAGAGAUCAAAGGUGCCUCUACUAAUUUUUUCUAAAUUUAAACAGGAUAUGGUUUGGGAAAACCAUUGAGAUGUAGUUGGAGGAUUCAUCUCUUUCCAAUUCAAUAAAAUAGAUCUUCUAGCCAUUAAAGUAGCAAAUGCAAUCAUCUGCCAAGCUGAAGAGGACAGAUCAAUCAGUGGUGAGCUAAAAAUACCUGCAGAAAUCCAAAAAGAACGGUGGCUUGGCACUGCCGAAUUUAAGAUUUUAUUAUUGGGCAUUAAUAUUCGAUAUUUAAUACUUUGGACACAAGAUGUGGAUAUUAUGUCAGUCCUCAAUGGGUUAACCUUAAAUGUAAUUCUGCACAAGGAUUUUCAUUGGUUUCCAUCUUUGGGACUUCACUUCCCUUUGUUCUUUCUAAAUUGAAUAAACGGUU